AUGAGUAGAUCUUCACAAAGAAGUAUUGUAAGAGAUUAAUUUUAGAAUGAGGAAGAGGAAGAAGAUGAUUUACUAGGAGAAAAAGAUGUUGAAAGAUUAAACAAUCUUUGGAAGAAUAUGAAAGAAGAAAAGAAAUUGAUGAAUUUGUCUACAAGCAGUAUGAAUUUUAAAGAUAAAGGCAGAUAAAGGCUUAAUUACAAUUUAAGCUAAGAAAGAGAAGAUUAGUGGCAUCCAGAAUAGACUGCAGAUUAUCAAAAAAAAUUAUAUUAGCAGAGCUAAAAGGAAGAUUAGCCUAACGAAGAUGAAUUUCUUAGUCCUCAAUUUGACCCAGUUUUCAUGGAAUAAAAAUUACAAGAAUCUUAUAAUUUGUUAACUAAGGCUUAAGAAAAAAAUUCAACAUUAGUAAAAAAGCUAGCUGAAGCAGAAGACGAGUUAGAUAAGUGCCACCAAAAGAUAGCAAAAAUAUCAUAAAUGGAAUAAAUGAAAAACUCUUAACUAUCAAAUGCUAAAUAUUAAGAAUAAUAUACAGUAAAUCUUCUUUAAGGAGAUCUUGAUGAAAAAGAUAAAUUAAUCAAACAACUAAGACUUUCUCUUGAAGAAUAUUAAGAAAAAUGUAACCUGCUUCUUGCUGAGAAUAAUAUGAUUAAAGAGAAGAAUGCAAACUUAUGUUAGGAACUUGAUAGUAAGAUUUCAGAAAAUAAUAGAAUAAAAUCUAAAUUAGGCGAAGUUGAAAAAAUUAUAGAUGAAAUGAUUUUAGAGAAAAAUUCUAAAGGUGUGGUAAUGCUCGAAAUAGACUAUCUAAAGAAUGAUAUUGAGAAGUUACUUUAGCUACUUGGCUAAACAGCAGAAUUUAAAGACUUCUUUAAGUUUGCUAAGGACAGCAGAGACAUUACUAACUUAAAAUUUAUUCCUAAACUUGCCAAUGUAAAAUAAGAUAUUGAUGAUAAGGUCAUUAAGGUUCCUAUAAAUUAAAAAAUGUUAUGGGUUCCUAGAGAUGCUUUUUCAUUUGCUUUACAUUUAAAGUAAAAAUAUAAUGGCAAGUUGGAUGAAAAAUGCAUAGAAGAAUUUCUUUUUGGAUACAAUAAAAUAUUCAGCGAAAGAGAAGAAAAGCAAAUGGAAAGAUAUAAGAAGAUCUAUACUACCUAAAUAACAAGUCUUAAACUACAACUUGAAAAAAAAACAUCUUACAAAUAAGCUACUUCAUAAACUAAAAAGGCAACAUCUACAAUAAGAAAAAGUACUAACAGUGUUGUUUCUAAAUCGAAUGCUAAUAUUGAAAAGUAACUAGAUGACUUAACAAGAAUGACUGAAUAGAAUAAAGAAAACUAACUAUUCUUGACUGAUGCCAUUAAGUUAUAAGAAGAGUACGAAAGGCAAUUGCAAGAAAAAUAAAUAUAAAUCGAGGAACUUAAUUUAAAAGUUUAGGAGUUGCAAGUGCAAGGAAUGAAGUAUGAUAAAUUAAACUAUAUGGAAGGUUCUGUCUGGAUGCUUGAUAAAAUAUUAAAAGAAGUUUUGAGAUUUAGAGAGAAUAUAAUUUAGAUGACUAAGUAAAUAAAUAAUAAUGCCUUUAAAAACUAGAAUCAAAAAGAAAUUUUGUAAAAUUAUAAAUGGUUUGUUGAUAAUGUAGAGUUAAAUGGAGAAUAGCUAAUAGAGAAAAUAAAUUACAUGAAGGAGAGUACAUAAAAAUCAAUCUCAAAUGUAAAAAAAUAAUAGGGCAAUGACCUCUAGGAAUCGUUCCAUUAAUUUGAAUAACAAUAGAAUUAAAAGUAGCAAGAAUACUCAAAAAACAAUUAAUAAAAUGAAUAUAGCAAUUUUAAUAAUAAUCCAUAUUUAAAUGAAAUGGACUUCUAAAGAACUCUUUCAACUUAGUCUCCUCAAUUAUACUAAAAUUAUACUUCAACUUAUAGAAACGAAAGAGAUUUCCAUGAUAAUCCCUAAACUUAAUUCAAUUAUUGA